AUGGCUGCGGGAGAGCCCCCCGUCUUCUACAGGGAGGUUUCUGCAGAGCCCCAGGCCAGUGGCACCGCCAGCCCCGGGAGGCCCGAUGUCCUGUUCCUGCAUGGCCAGGCGUUCACCUCCAAGACGUGGGAGGCCUUGGGCACGCUGGCGCUGCUCGCCGGAGAAGGCUACCGCGCGGUUGCAAUAGAUCUGCCUGGCUAUGGGGAUUCACCCCCAGCAGAGACGGUGGCCACGGCGCAGGGCCGGGUGGAUUUUCUGGAUCAUGUUCUCCAGGAGCUGGGCAUGCGGAUGCCCGUUCUCGUCAGCCCCUCCAUGAGCGGCCGAUUUGCCCUGCCCUUCCUCCUGGCGCGGGGGGACCGGCUGGCUGGCUUUGUGCCUGUUGCGCCCGUGGGCACCAAGGACUACGCUGCUGAGCAGUACCGGCAGGUCCAGACGCCCACCCUGAUCCUGUACGGUGACCGUGACACAAACUUGGCUCCCAAGGCCCUGCAGAGC